GGCACGUGGGCGAGCAAGGCCUCACCCCAGCUGUGCUGGAGAACAGCCCUCAGUCCACUGCUGACACCCCAGCUGCUUGCAGAAAACACCCCAGCAGUCCGGGCGUCCACAGCAAUGAGUUGGUGGAGGGACCAUUUCUGGAUUAUCUUAGCUGUGGCCAUCAUCGUUGUCUCCUUGGUCCUGGGUCUCAUCCUGUACUGUGUCUUCAGGAGGCAGUGUAGACAAGGCAAGAAAUGGGCAAUUGCCAAGUCCUCGAAACAUAAUGGAAGAGAUGAAGAAAAGAUGUAUGAGAAUGUUGUUGAUCUAUCACCAGGGCAGUUACCUGCUCUGCCGCCCAGGAAUUUGUCUUUUCCAGGAGACCCUGCCCCACAGGAAGCGCCAAGCCAGCCACUGGCUUGGUACUCAUCAGUGAGGAAAGUUAGGAACAAGAAGGUCUUUUCCAUCUCGGGCUCCGAAAACGACUACGACGAUGUUGAGAUCCCAUCAAGCACGGAAAACAAGCACUCUAAAACAACCACGCCUUCCUGGCAAGCUGAAAGCGGCUUUCACAGCUCAUUUUAGAGUCAUCUAGAAUGGUUGGACUGUGUAUCACAGGCACUUCCCAAACCCUAGAGGAAGCCACAUAUGUGAGCGCUUACAAGAGAGGACGAGGACGGCUCGACAUUCCCAAUGCUCCAGGUGUUCCUGCUGCUCCAAAGGUCCCGAUGCUCCAGAUGUUCCUGGUGUUUCUGAUACUCUAGAAGCUCUGGCCUAAGGCUCAGAGGGUCGAGCCUUGCACUUCUGUGGAGGAAGGUUCCUUAGUGUGGACUACUGGGCCUGUGAGAAUCGGCUCAUCUCUCCACAUCCUCCUUCUGUUCCCCUGGUGAAUGUGGUUCUGAGGAAUCUUAAGGCUUGGUAUUUGUGUGGAGCCUCCCAGCUACCAUCGCUAUCUAUCUAAGCCAUGGCGUAGGAUGCCUGUCUCCCUCCCUGCAGGCCCCGCCCACUCCCGCACCUCUUAGAGGCUGUGGCUUGUCAUUCUAGCUGAGGGUUCUUGAGGUGCACAGGUCACCACACUCUGAGAGUCUGUAAGGAAAGGAAGUGCUUUCUGUUUUUGCGAAGCCACCCCACCCACUCACCCUCCAACCCCCAGCACCGGUGCAGAAUGUGGACCAAACGCAUCAAAGAGAAUCGAGUUCUUACACAAGCUCAUUUCCUGUGCUUUUAGACAGCAUUUUAACAGUCAGCAAAGGACCCAGGUGGCCCUCUGACUUGCGCCUCCGGCUGUCUUUUGCAGCGGGGUGUGCUGGAGGUGCCAGGAAAAGAAGGUUUCCCCAGGAAGAGUCUCAGACAGCACCAUCCAGCAGCAGCUUAUUCAAGAUGAGAGUUCGGGCCUUAGCAUCCCUUUUGAACUUUCAUUAUUGCAUCUCUUAAUCCGUCUUGCUCUCUCUCACAUCCCUGCCUUUCCUGGGGUGCCACUGUCUCUUAUCUUCCUCUGGGCAUUCCCGAGUGAUGUCACCGGUAUCUACAGGGCUCACAGCCUCCUCUACCCUAACGACUUCCCAACCGCAGGCUCCAGUUGAGCACUCUCUUUACACUUCCAGGCUGCACAGCCUGCAGGACACGUCCGUCCAUCUGAUCAUCUCACGGGACCCUCAAGUCCAGCACAUUCCAAGGAGACCGGCUCCCAACCCCAAGCUUCUUGUGCUGGACAACUUUCUCCGUUGCUGAGGGCAGACAUGAGCCUCCUUUCUCUCGUCCUUCAUUGCCAAUGUCCCCCGCCUCCGGCUGACUGUGCCUCAACCCACUCAGUCUCCACCGCCACUCUGAGGUCAACCAUGGCCAGCACUUCCCAAAGAGAACUUUAAGAGUCUCUAAUUGGUGUCCUGCCCCUGGCAUCUCACGCUCCAGAACACUGAUUGGCGGCUGGUGAUCUUCUAAAGUGACCGACCGAACAUUUCCUCCCAUUGCUUGGACUUUACCCAUGAGCUUCAGAAAGAGGCCAAACACUCUUACACAGCUUUACAAGACCUGUCAGGAUUCUCUUACUGGCUAACUUUUCACUCACCACCUCCCGGCAACCUCCACCCUGCCCGGUGUUUUUCCUCUACCUGAAAGUGCCUUGGCUAUGGUCUCUCUUGCCCUGGCUAUGUGCGAUAACACCCCCCCUCCCCCGGCAUCUUAGGCACCAUUCCAUCCUCACCGCCCAGCACUCGGGCACAGUGCCGUCCUCACUGUCCCAGAUGGAGUGACUGCUUCGCAAGGGAAACUUUCACCUCCUAACUCUAGCAUCUGUAACGAUCUGCUCAGGUGUCUUUCGGUUCCAUUUGACCUGUUUCUAGCAUACAGUGGGUGAUCAAUGAGUAUGUUGAAUGAUCUCUUGAAUGAAUGAAUAAAUGAAUGAACUCCUGG